AUCUAGAUGGCUAAUCUCAAUGUAUAUUUGAAGUUGUAUUGCUAAGAAUCAACACUUAACGUGUCAACGGGAGGGGAGGAAGGGGGCCUCCUACCCAUAUGCUACAGGGCGUGCUCCAGAAGAAGUCACAGCCGGGCUGACUAAGUCAUAGGCAAAACUUCCCCUCCACUCGUGAUCAGUGGGGUUCGCUAGAGAAGUUGACUACGGGCUAAGUCAGGGCCCCGGCUGCUUGCUGAAGGCUUGUAGUGCUUGAUCAUGUGACGCCACGUCGUUGAAGAGCUGUAGGAAGGAUAUGGACAUAGAGGCACAACAUGACAAUCGAAAUUGUGCGCGCAUAUUACAGCCAGACCACAUAUAGUCCCGUCCAUGACUCAGUUCUGAACACGCCUUGAGCCCACUGCACGAACCGUUAAAAACUCCUCGAGGGUCCAUAUUGGAUCCAUGGUGGAAGGUCAAGAGUGGCGCCUCGUAUCAGCAGGGUUCACCUGUCAAUAAGUAUGCAGUGCAUUGUUGCAGGUUGAGCGAUGAGGGCAUGUUAAUGCAUGCUGACUUUCAAGCGGGGUGGCGAACACCACUACAAGCUCGCCAACCAUGGAAAGCAAAUGGGUGGCGCGGCAGGUCAGGGUGGCAACAAAGUUCAGGAAGCGCACCCAGGCUGUCUCACUUCUAAGCGAGGAACACUACCUCCGGGAUGACAUCCCUUGUGGGGCGCAAGAUUGCCCUAGCGGCUGCCAGCAAGAGAGCCCCCCCUUGUCGAGACAGGCGUCUCACUACUUGAUACCAGACGCCCAAGCCGUCCUUGACUACCAGGAGAUUCUCGAGCUACCCCAGCUCACUGGGGUCAUCUACCUGGCCUCCGUGAUCAAAGAAGUGCUUCAGAAGGUGAAUCAGCGGAAGACCCCUCGUUUGAAAUCCCUCUACUCCGACCGGCGCCGCCAGAGCUCCUUCUUCGACGACCAGCACUGCCUCUACACGUGGCUCAUGCGCCAGGACUACACCCCCAAACCCGACCAUCCCUCGAAAAGCAUUUCUCCUCACCCAAUCAACGGAAGCCAAAACAGGGGGAUCCCUCCGAAGAAGCACGGGCUAGACGCUGGUAUCCAGGCCACUGCGGCGUGGUUUGCGGAGCACUUGCAGCAGCGGACGCUGAUUGUGGUGCUGUCCGACCAGCUGACGGAGGCGUCCGAAGGCGUCCGGCAGCGGCUGCUGAGGACAGGCGUGCAGGUUCUGAGCGGCUCCGAGUACUUCCAUCGGUUCUGGCGGCACGACUCCGAGGUGCUCGAGCUCUUCGAGGCGUUGGACCAUUCUCGGACAGAGGCAACAGAAGCUUUGCCUUCUGAGCCCCGGGCAACCAUCGGGAAGGGAACUUCCUAUCCUCCAUUUCUUCCAGCUCACGCGAUCGAGGACGGUCUUUCGGACGGCACCAUCCGUGUCGGUGUCUUCCAAGUCAGCCGCCAAGCCCCGGACGAAGCAUUCGUUCGACCGAGCAACAAGGGGGAGGCCUCUCGUCACGAGAUCUUCAUCCCGGGGCGGCGCCUGCAGAACCGGGCUUUGCAAGGGGACCUGGUCGCGGUACGACUUCUCCCUCGCGAGCAGUGGCGCAGCCCCAAGGUCGGUCGACCACGUGGCUCCCACGUGGCGGAAGCAGCCGCUGUUCCGUCGGAAGACCCGAUAUUGGGGCCGGAAGAAGAGGAGGUCGAAGCAGAGCUGGAGACAGGCCCUGCCGAGGCCCAGUCAAACGACGAAUUACUUAAGGAAGGCUUACCUGGCGAAGGUUCCCUCCGGCAAACGGUGACCGGAGAAAGAAGCGGGCAGUCAAACGGGACGCCGAAAGUUGGGGUUGGAACUGCAGAAAGAGGGGGAAUGGAAGGAAGUUCACACGCGGAGGGGGAAGAGAAGCAGGGGGAAAGAGUGCCCACUGGAGAGGUGGUGGGGAUAGUGCAGCGGGCGGCGAGGGACUACGUGGCGUGUUUGCAGAAGGACGAUGAAAAGAGCUUGGGUUCCACUGACAGCGGCCGGACCGAGGCCGUUCUCGCCGUUCCUAUGGACCGUCGGAUCCCCUUUGUGAGAUUGCGAACGCGCCAGGUGGCGCGCCUGGCCGGCCAGCGGUUCGUCGUGCGGGUCGACGGCUGGGAGCGCGACACGGCGUUCCCGCAUGGACACGUGGCACGCCUGGUUGGCCCGAUUGGCGACCUGAGAGCGGAGAGCGAGAGCCUGCUCGUGGAGAACGGCAUCGAGGUGGCGCCGUUCAGCACCGGGGCGCUGCAGGAGCUUCCCCCCACGCCGUGGAGCAUUCCCCGGGUGGAGAUCUCGGCGCGACGCGACUUGCGGCACGAUCACCGGGCCUGCAGCAUCGACCCCCCGGGCAGCAAGGACGUGGACGACGUGCUGUCCGUAAGAUGGCUGCCCGACGGCACUGCUGAGGUGGGCGUUCACAUCGCGGACGUCUCCUACUUCGUCCGGCACAAUAGCCUAUUGGACCUCGAGGCGCGAGCUCGUGGCACGACGGUGUAUUUGGUCGACCGGCGCUUCGACAUGCUCCCAAAACUUCUGGCGGAGGACCUUUGCUCGCUCGUGGGCGGCCAGGAUCGCCUCGCGGUCAGCGUGGUCUGGCACGUGGACCCAUCUGGCCCGUCGAUCGUGGGCCGACCCUGGUUCGGGCGGACGGUUAUACACAACCGGCAUCAGCUGAGCUAUCCGCAGGCGCAAGCGAUUUUGGACGGUCGGAACUGUCCGGAGGUGUCCGGUGGGGAGUCCGAGCGCGGGCUCCUCCAGCUGGACCUCUCCCUGCUGGCCGCCCUGUCGCGGGCCCUUCGGGGCCGCCGCGAGGCCGCGGGCGCGCUGGAGCUCGCGAGCGCGGAGCUCCGGUUCGAGACGGAUGCCGCGACCGGGGCGCCGAUGAAGGUCAUCACCAAGCAGGAGCUCCAAGUCAACUGGGUGGUCGCCGAGCUGAUGAUUGCCGCCAACUCCGCCGUCGCCGAGCGCAUCUUCUCCACCUUCCCGUCGACGUCACUCUUGCGUCACCACGCCCCUCCGCGCCCCGACGGCUUCGACCGGCUGCAGGAGUGCUUCGAAGCGUACGGCCUGGGCCCCCUUGACGUCAGCAGCAACCGCGCGCUCGCGCAGUCGUUGGAUCGCACCCGGGCGCUCGAUCUGACGGUCCAGAACGCGCUGCGCGCGAUCGCGACGCGGGCAAUGUCAGAGGCGCAGUAUAUCUGCACGGGGGCGGCCUCGAACGGCGGGGGUUUGGAGGGUUCCAGCGGGUUUUACCACUACGGCCUCGCGUUGGAGUUCUACACUCACUUUACGUCGCCCAUCAGACGGUACGCCGACGUGCUUGUGCAUCGGCAAUUAAUCGCGGCACUGGAAGACGGUGGGUUAAGAAACGGGUCAGCGUCUAGUUUCCCUGAGCGAAACGCGGAGCCGGUUAGAAGAGGGUUAGCGAGCGCCCCGAAGCUGGAGGAGAUCGCGGACCAUUUGAACGAGCGGCACCGCGCGAGCAAGCGCUCGCAGAAGGACUGCUCAGAGCUGUACCUUUUACUAUACUUACAAAACCACACGUCAGCGGAAAAGGCUAUCGUUACCAGCGUGCACCCACACGGGCUCAUGGUCUUCGUCCCCAAGUACGACCUGCGGGGCCCUGUUUACCUGCGCGACAAGGCCGGCAAGCUGGUGCCGCCGAGCGACGGCGCCGAAAACGGGGCCUGGGGGACCGCCCACUUGGCGCUGCAGAAAGAGGGAAACAGUUUGCGGGUUUCGGACGUGCGGACCGGGAGCGUGGUGCAUUCGUACGGGCUGAUGCAGGCGGUGUGGGUGGAGUUACGAGCGGACGGGUCGCGGUCGCACAUGCCGACGCUCAAGAUCCGGCUGCUGGCGGACUCGCAUCCGGCUGUCCGAGCCGCAGCGGCGGCCGAGGCAGAAGCCGACUUCCUGAGCCGGUACGGCGGAUCCGUGGGAGCGGUGCCACGUGGCAGAGGCCCAGUAGCGGGAACGCGGGCGGCUGCGAUUGCUGCGAUGGGCCGAGAGGCGGAGGAGACGGCAAAAGCCGAGCAGAUGAAAAGGGACGAAGAGACGGCACGUGCCAUCCAGGCGCUCGAGAUGGGCGCGGCCGCAGCCGGGCAGCUUCCACGUGGCACGCGGCCAAAGCAGCGGCAGUCCGUACAUGACGUCAUUGAGAGCUUUAAGCGGCUCGUCAUUGAAGAGAGAAGGGGAGACCAGGAAGUGUCUUUGGAGCUGGCACGCGCGAGCACCACCGAGCUUUUGAUGGGCGUUCGCACUCACGAGACAAUCAGGCUCAGGCGGCGGCUUUACUUGCUACAGAGGCGCGCAAGCCAGGCACGUGCAAAGAGAAUACGUUCUACACUGGCCGACACAGACAGUCGACAAACACGACGAGAGGUCCGGGAGCUAAAGGCUCGAGUGGCAGCUCGAAAGAUCGUUCCCGUUGAAAAGGUCUGACAAACUGGAGCUCCCUCCAUCAGCAGAAGGUCAAAUUGUUCUUUUCUGCCUUGAGUAUAUUGGGGCAAGUGGUAGAAUUUUACAUCUAUGAUGCGUGCACAACAUUUGUGGUACUGACGGUGCAGUUGCACAUACCGGGUUGCGCAAGGUUUGACUCUAAGGUCCUAACGACAGAUCUUGUAGAGUGACAUAUCAGGGAAAUGAUAUUGCUGGAGCUAGUGGCCGGCCGGAUGGGUCCAGCCUAAUUUGUGGUCUUAUAACCACUGGUCGCGGCAGGAUCUUGUACAAGCACUCGAAGUUGGGUACGUGCGCCUCAUCG